GACGUUGAAACAAAACAGGAACAAUUUAACGCGCUGCCAUUAUUUAUUUAUUUGCGUGUGUGUGUGCGUGUGGAAGCAGGUGGCGGGAUGUUCUGCUUCAUCAAGUUCUCGACGUCGCCCGAUUACAACGUCAGCAACGUGGACAUAUCGGUGAGCAGAGCCGCUUUCAGCGUCCAGAAGGUUCCCGACUACAGGGAGAGCAGACUGACGUACUCGAUGCCCGGGAAGAACAGACUUCUGAUGGUCAAUCCCGAUUGCUACAUUCAAAUUUUACUGAACUACAUCUACGAGGAGACCAAACUCGAUGCCAACGUGUUGUUCGAUCUUUGCGACGAAAAUGGGGAAUUGCUCGGAGUGCACGAUCUGCAGCCGUACGAAUCCGCCACCAAAGUGCUGAAGAACAAGCAGAUAUACAUGAUCGUCAUUUAUGAAAAGGACGAGAACAACUUCUUCGUCAAACUAGAACCUAUGCUCAAUAAAAUCACCAAGCAGGAUUCCGAGUUCUUCAUGAGACUCUUCAGGAACGUCUCCCAUAGAAAACUGGUGGAGAAAUCUAUGCGAGGGGUGAAAUGGUAAUUAGUUGGAAGGGAGAUCUUGUAAGGACGCAGGGAUCCCAGGCGGCC